AUGCAUUGCACUGGUUGUGAUGGUUACUUCUGCGCAAAGGAUUUCAGAAGUCAUCGUGAAAUAUUAUCUACUGAGAUGGAGGAACUCGUUGAAGAGCAUAAUAAACUACAAGAGAAAAUUAACAAAGCAACAAAAGAAAACAACGCUAACAAUCCAGUUUUUGAAGCAAUCAAUGCAUGGGAGAAGAUGACAAUUGAAAAAGUGCGACAAACAGCUGAAUAUGUACGUCAGCAAGCUAAUCAGCUAAUGAAUUCAAAAUCUAUGGAAAUUACAAAUGAAUUCAAAGGCUUCUUUAAAGAAUUAUCUCAUUUGAAAGAAACGGAGGACUAUGUUGAACAUGAUUUAACAAGACUUAAACAAAAGAUUGAUCAAUUCAAUGAGGACUUGGCUCCGCUUUUCCAAGGAACUUUAACUGAAAUUAAUAAAGAAGAAAGCGAAAAAAUAAACUGGGAUCGUAUUAUCUACGUUCAAGAAAAAGCUGUAGAAGUCGAACGCCAACAAACAUCAAAAAAGCGAAAAAAAAGCCCACACGAAACUGAAAUAUUUCCUCAAAAGCAACUUCUUUGUGACGGUCGAGCUUGUACACAAUGUGGUAAAUGUACUGAUUGGUAUCGUGACAGUAAUAAGGCAAGUUGGAUCCGUCGUGAUAGUGCCAGUUGCAUUUAUUAUAUUAUUCCUACUUUCGGUUCUUAUGCUGAUCAUAUCUGCCAGUGCAGGUAG